CAAUUCCGAAAGUCAGCUACUACAUUUUCCAAAUCUAUUCUUUCCGACCCCUCGGUAAAUCCGAAUACUAAUAUAAUAUUCUACUUAUACUCCGCCAAUCCCAGUCAAUUCGAGCACAAGCAACGAGAUAGACAGCCGGAGUAACGAAGAUCACCUAAAAAAUAUGCAGUCUCUCCUCCGUCGUGGCGCUUCCCUCCUCACGCCCUCUCCCUCCCCCUCACCAGCGCAGUCGAGCCCCUCCACACCGAACCCCGCGCCCCGUGAGAUCCGCAGCUCAGAGGAUUUCGUCAAAGCGUCGCUCCCCGAGGCACUGUUCAGCAAGACAAACCCGGUGACAGAUGGGGAGGAAUGCGAGCACGACUGCGCGACUUGUACAAUCCGGUACCCGGCGAAGUUUGACGUGGACCAGGAAGAUGAGCUGUAUGGGCAUGUGAAUGGGUGGUCAACGCAUUUGCUUGUUGCGACAGGAAAGACAGACUGGGUGAGGGAUGUUGCGGAUGAAGAGGGCAGCGUGAUGGAGGCUAUUGAACGGGGCGGGGUUCUGCCUGGGAACGGGAAACUGAAAUUAUCUGCGAGUAAUAUGCCUGUUCCGGAUGAAUACCAUCACCAUGAAAAGGGCGAGCAACCGACUACAGUGCUUCUUUUGCCGAGCUUCACGAUCAUCGACCAUGUCACACCGAAGCUUGCGCCGGAUCUGAUCCGGAAUUUCGUCGACCGUGCAGUGACAACUACGACGCCGUUGAACGGCGUCGGAGCCAGCACGGAGAAUAAAGAGACUGAACCAGCGACGGAGGAGCAGGUUAUGACAUCUCUCCGGUCACGCUCAUGCCCGCAUGCAGCGGUGAUCUUACUCUGCUCGCAGAAGACCCGAGAUGCAAGGUGUGGCCAGUCGGCGCCGCUUCUGCGGCGUGAAUUUGAGCGUCAUUUACGUCCGCUAGGUCUGCAUAGAGAUCUGGAUGACGAGCGCCCUGGCGGCGUGGGCAUCUACUUCAUUAGUCACGUUGGAGGCCACAAGUAUGCUGCUAACGUGAUAGUGUACCGAAGGCGGGACUUUGACUGGUACAAAACCACCAAGACUCAAGUGGCUGAGGCUGAGCCCGUGACAGCAAACGCGCCGGAUGAGGGUGCGUCGCAGUGUAUCUGGCUGGCGCGGGUGCGGCCGGAAGACUGCGAGAAUAUCGUCCGGUAUACGGUCUUGCAAGGCAAGGUCGUUAAACCGGGGACGCAGCUCCGGGGAGGUUUUGAUCGGGAAAGAGGGUUGAUCAGCUGGUAG